AUGGUGACAAUUAUUGUUGUCACUAUCGUGUAUGUUUGUGUUGUUAUUUCACAGUACAUGCCAGGAUUUGGUAAUGAAUGUGUCUCUGAAGAUCCACGCUGUCCUGGAGCCUUACCAGAAGGACAGAAUAACCCUCAGGUCUGCCCAUAUGGUCUGUAUGCAGAACAGCUCUCGGGCUCUGCCUUCACCUGCCCCAGGUCCACCAAUAAGAGAAGCUGGCUGUAUAGAAUUCUACCCUCUGUCUGUCACAAGCCCUUUAAACCCAUGGAUCAAGGCCACCUGACGCACAACUGGGAUGAAGCAGACGCUGAACCCAACCAGCUGAGAUGGAAGCCUUUUGGGAUCCCAAGAGCCUCUGAAAAAAAACUGGAUUUUGUGAGCGGUUUGCACACAUUGUGUGGAGCUGGGGAGCCCAAGUCACGCAAUGGGAUUGCCAUCCACAUCUUCACUUGUAACACCUCCAUGAUUAAUAGGUGCUUUUACAAUUCAGAUGGAGACUUCCUGAUUGUGCCACAGCAAGGGAAGCUGCUCAUCACCACCGAGUUUGGCAAAUUGCUGGUGGAGCCCAAUGAGAUCUGUGUCAUUCAGCAAGGGAUGCGUUUCAGUGUGGAGGUGUUUGGAGAAACCAGGGGCUACAUCCUGGAGGUGUUUGGCGCGCAUUUCGAGCUACCUGACCUGGGACCCAUCGGGGCCAAUGGUCUGGCUAACCCACGAGAUUUCUUAGUGCCAGUUGCCUGGUAUGAAGAUCGCCAAGUAGCAGGUGACUACACAGUGAUCAGCAAGUACCAGGGCAAGUUGUUUUCAGCCCAACAGGAUUUCUCCCCAUUCAAUGUGGUGGCCUGGCAUGGGAACUACACACCAUACAAAUACAAUCUGGAUAACUUUAUGGUCAUCAAUUCUGUUGCUUUUGACCAUGCGGACCCGUCUAUUUUCACUGUCUUGACAGCCAAGUCAACCCGACCUGGAGUGGCACUUGCUGACUUUGUCAUCUUCCCUCCCCGAUGGGGGGUGGCAAACAACACCUUCCGGCCACCUUAUUACCACAGGAACUGUAUGAGCGAGUUCAUGGGGCUGAUCAAAGGGCACUAUGAAGCGAAGGAAGAAGGGUUCCAGCCAGGAGGGGGCAGCCUGCACAGCAUGAUGACACCUCAUGGGCCAGAUGCUGAGUGUUUUGAGAAGGCAAGCAAAGCCAGGCUAGAGCCCGAGAGAGUUGCAGAAGGGACUAUGGCCUUCAUGUUCGAGUCCUCCUUCAGCAUGGCUGUUACCACGUGGGGCCUCAAGACCUCCAACUGUCUAGAUAGGACCUACUACAAGUGCUGGGAACCGCUGAAAAGCCAUUUUAAUCCCAGCUGCAAGUAAACAGAAGUGAGCUGCUUGUGCGCUCUCAGGCCAGUCACACUGAUGGGAAACAAUCAGUGAUACCGACAGGGGCAAGGGCUGGUAAAGGAACAAAUAUCCCUCAGUACAGCGAGCGCCACUGCUCUGCAGCCAUUUCAACAGCAACUGAUUAAAUGAAUUACUCUUGCAAA